GCAGCCUCGGCGGCGGCGCGGAGGAGGAGGCGGAGGAGGAGCCGCGGGAGCCGCCCAGGGACCCCCCGACCCCACGCCCGGAAAACGGAUUCCUGGCUCCCCCCCCCUCCGCCUCCCGCCAUGGAGCUGAAGGUCUGGGUGGACGGCGUCCAGCGGGUGGUGUGCGGCGUCUCGGAUAAGACCUCGUGCCAAGAGGUGGUCAUCGCGCUGGCCCGCGCCAUUGGCCAGACCGGGCGCUACGUCCUCAUCCAGAGGCUGCGGGAGAAGGAGCGCCAGCUGCUGCCCCACGAGUGCCCGGUGGCCACGCAGGCCCAGUGCGGCCAGUCCGCCCACGACGUCCAGUUCGUGCUGCGGCGCACGGGGCCCAGCCUGGCCGAGCGGCCGGCCUCGGACGGCUGCCCGCCGCCGCCGCCCCCGGAGCGCAACUUCGCCCGGGCCAGCCUGCCCGCCAAGGCCCGCCCGGCCCCCGGCAAGGCGCCGACCCUCGGCCCGGGCGCCGAGCGGCUCCGGGAGCCGGGGGUCCGGCCCGACGCCCCGAGCCCGGCCCCCGCGCCGGGCCGGGAGCCCCCCGAGGCCGCCGAGCUGCUGCGGCUGGAGCGGCUGGUGCGGCGGAACGAGGCGGAGCUGGGCGAGGAGGCCUUCUGGCAGGGCGAGCUGCGGCAGGAGCGGGCCCGCCAGCGCCAGGGCCAGGAGACCGUGCGGGGCCUGCGGGCCGCCACCCGGGACUACGUGCGCCAGCUGCGGGACCUGGCCGCCCGCGCCCGGGCCCUGGAGGAGGAGCUCCGCCGGGCGCGGGCCCCCCGGCCCCCGGCCCCGAGACCCCGGCCCCCGGCCCCGAUGCGGAGGGACCUGGAGGUCAAGGCCCAGCAGAGCUCGCAGCUGCAGAGCAACCUGGCCGACGUGGGCCGGGCGCUGGAGGCCGCCGAGAGGAGCCUGCAGGCCCAGACGCGGGAGCUGGAAGACCUGAACAAGGAGCUGCGCCAGUGCAACCUGCAGCAGUUCAUCCAGCAGACGGGCGCCACGGUCACCCCCCCGGCCUGCCCCCCGCCCGGACCCGCCCCCUCCCCCCGCGGCAACUCAGCGGUGUCCGCACGGCAGAGCGCCUGGAGGUAGAAGGCAGAGCCCCAGAGGACAGCGACCGUGGCCGCGGAGCCCGCGUCCUCCCGGGCGCCGCCGCCGGGCGAGGCCCGGGGCCGG